AUGGGACAAAGAGGAGAAAACGAUUCCAGCGGUCUGCCCAAAGAUGAUGAAGGUACUUGGAAAGGUGGUUUCUUUGUCGGUCAAGGCGGUAACGGUGUUAUACAUUACUGGGUCAACGUCGAUGAAUUCCAAAAGGUUCGGGAUCGUAUGGUCAUCAAAGACGACUGGGUCUCGGACAGUAAUGAGGAGCCAGAAGCUUACCGAGGUCUAUACGAAGAUCUUGUGAAGAAAGGAAUGGAUUUCGGUAUUAACCCUGACAGACCUGGCAAAGCGAAGAUUGAAGAAAGAUUCAACAGAGAGGCUUACUUGCAGGCCAUGCUGACCGAUCCCGAUUCGCGCGAUUCUGCGACUACUGUCCCCCUGCGAGGCAUCCGAAAAGGUCAUGAUCAUGAAUGGAGGAUCCCUAACGGUGAUACGAGUAAGAAGCUCUACACUCACUGGCGCUUUUAUAUGGACUUGUUCCAUGCAGGCGACCUUCACGGAAUCCUCGCAUCCCAUAUUGUGGGUGAGGGUGAUAACAAGAAACCGAUCCCCGAGCCGAUUCCCGAACCUUUUAUCUGGUGUGUCUUCACCUGUAUCGCUGAAGCUCUCGCGCAGUCGGAGAGAGUCGUACAGACACGACCCAAUGCUCGUCAAGAACAGGACGAAGUCAUCACGUUUGUCGACAUGAAGCCACCCAACAUGCUGCUGUACGUCACACGAAGAGACAAAUAUCCAGUCUACCCUAAACCUUUAUUGUCCGACUUUGGCGCAGCCCACAUCCUGUACAAGGAAGAUCCACGGCAAAACAGGAACCAUGAAAAGCCUUACUCUCAUGGAGCAACGGUUGGUUUCUUUGCACCGGAGAUGGUCAAACGGGACAUAGUAUUCAAGAGGGAUAAAUUAGCUAUCGAGAGACCCCUACACUCUUGGACCAAUGUUUGGCAAACCGGUCGAACCAUCGAGUCCAUGAUGCAUCUACGAACUGUCGUAAGAGAAGACCAAGAUGAGAUAUGUAUUGGAGACUGUCCUAUCAAGGACAAAGAUCCGAUUGACAUCAAAGGAUUUCCCGACUUCAAGUACAGCGACGACCUCAUUGAUCUUGUCUGGCGUUGCCAGCGCUUCGAACCAGAACAAAGACCUACUACGACCGAGUUGCUGGAGCUGAUUCAAGAACGCGCGCUCCAACAUAGCCGUGGCAUGGACACUUGGGCCGACGAGAGAAACAUACCGCAGGGAUGUGCGAUCAACUUCAGUGCUGGCUCGGGUCCCAACACGGUUGCAGACAGCUUUGCCCGACCUAAGACAAAAGAUGAAAUGGAUGGAUACUGGUGA